AUGUCGAAAGAUAUUGCUUCCAUAAGAGAAAUACAACACAACCGACAACUCAUUAUGCAAGCUCUAAAUAAGAACACAACAAACUUUUCAAACUAUUCUAAGAUAUCUGAGUCAUUGAAAGAAGGAAACUUAAAACUGACAUUAAACCCAAUGACAGAUGAGUUUCUGUUUCAAGACAAUAAGAACCAUACUGUCUGUAUAAAUCCAACAAAAGGAACUUUAAACGAGAAACCUAUAAAUGAACUUCUUUUGAAGGCAGAUGUUGACAACAAAGCUGACAAAGAAUAUGUAGACGAUGCAAUAGCAAAAGAAGAAGAAAGAGCUAACAAUGCUUAUGCAACAAAAGAACAUACUCAUCCUGAACUAGCAGACAAAACAUAUGUUGACAAUAAAAUGUCAAGUGAAGUGACAAGAGCUGAAAACGAAUAUUCUAAAAAGACUCAUAUACAUUCUAUAUCUGAAAUAACAGACUUACAAGAAACCUUAAACAGGAAAAGUGCCGUUGGACAUACACAUACCAUUGCAAAUAUUACAAACUUACAAGAAACCUUAAACAGGAAAAGUGCCGUUGGACAUACACAUACCAUUGCAAAUAUUACAAACUUACAAGAAACCUUAAACAGGAAAAGUGCCGUUGGACAUACACAUACAUCUUCUGAAAUAACAGACUUAAACGUUAGCCUUGAAAAGAAAGCAGACAAGAACCAUACACAUAACUCCUUCACAACUGUUGCUAUAGAAAGUAUUGAAGGAACGGUUGAAGAAACUGGUGGGGAUGUAUUAUAUUGGAAACCUCCUAACUUUCCACAAGGUUUAACAUCGGAUGACGACAUAACGACGAUGAGAAACAUUAGAUGUAAAGAUGUUUAUGUCAUGAAGGAUGAACAUAAUAUUAAAUUCACUGCUCAAGAUUUAUAUGACAAGAAAGCAGACAAAACAGAGCUUCAAACAUUAAAGACAGAAAUACUUCAAACAUUAUAUCCUAUAGGCUCUAUUUAUACGUCAAUGAACUCAACAAAUCCAGAAGUAGUACUUGGUUUUGGAACUUGGACUCAAAUAGUCGACAGGUUUUUGUAUUGUGCAAACUCUUCAAAGGAAACAGGUGGAAGUAAAACGAUUUCGGGUGAAAAUUUACCUGCACACAGUCACUACAUAGAUUUAAGUACAUCUCAAGCAGGUUGGCAUAAGCAUAAAUUUUGGGAUUGGCACGGCUUGAAAAAAGGUAAAGGAUAUGAUGUUAAAGACGACGUUCAGUUUGCUAUAAAUUGUUUCUGGGGUAACACUCAGGGAGAUGGAAACCAUACACAUCGCGUUACAGGAUAUACACAAACAACGGGACAAAGUAAAGAAUACAUGCCACCUUACAUGACAGUUUACGCAUGGUAUAGAAAUGCUUAG